AUGGUGAGGGACCGCAUAGUGUUCGGCACAUCAUCUACUAAACUUCGUGCAAAAUUGAUAAAUGAAGGGGAGAAAUUGACACUCGAGAAAGCAAUUCAAAUGGGACAAAGUUUGGAAUACUCUCAGGAACAGUUGAAAACAAUGGCCAACCCUGAGAUUGUGUGUCGCUCAGUGAAAGUCAAUGAGGUUGUGACAGAUGAACGCUUUGAUUCAGGGGACUCAGACUUUCUCAUAGACUUAAUUGAUAGCGUGGAUACAUCUACUGAUGUUGACAGUGUUCACUCCAAAACUGAGGAUACUAACCAGGCUUUUGUUACUGUGAAGAUUGUGUGUCGCUCAGUGAAAGUCAAUGAGGUUGUGACAGAUGAACGCUUUGAUUCAGGGGACUCAGACUUUCUCAUAGACUUAAUUGAUAGCGUGGAUACAUCUACUGAUGUUGACAGUGUCCACUCCAAAACUGAGGAUACUAACCAGGCUUUUGUUACUGUGAAGAUUGUGUGUCGCUCAGUGAAAGUCAAUGAGGUUGUGACAGAUGAACGCUUUGAUUCAGGGGACUCAGACUUUCUCAUAGACUUAAUUGAUAGCGUGGAUACAUCUACUGAUGUUGACAGUGUCCACUCCAAAACUGAGGAUACUAACCAGGCUUUUGUUACUGUGAAGAUUGAUGAUCGUGAAUUCACAGCUGAGUAUUACGUUGUAGAGACGGAAUCAAACCCUGUACUCAGUCUCAAAACAUGCCUUGAAUUGGAGCUUAUCCAACUUACCUGUGCGGUUGAUACUUGUGGAUCGAGUGAGAAAUCUGGAAAACCUCUUAAGAAGAGCACCAUUCUUGCAGAAUAUGCCGAUGUGUUUGAGGGCAUUGGGCUCUUUCCAGGUAAAUGUACGAUACACAUCGAUCCGAGUGCUAUCCCUGUAGUUCACCCACCACGAAAAGUUCCAGUCGCACUUCGUGAAAGACUCAAACACGAACUUGAUCGGAUGGAAAAGUCAAACAUCAUCACAAAGGUUGAUGAACCAACUGAAUGGGUCAACUCUUUAGUAAUCGUUGAAAAGCCACACUCAAAGAAACUGCGCAUAUGCUUGGAUCCAUUGGACCUGAAUCGUGCUAUACAGCGUCCACACUACCCAAUGAAAACACUUGAAGACAUCCUUCCAAGCCUCUCUAAGGCUCGUUAUUUCACUAAACUCGAUGCUCGAUCUGGAUAUUGGGCCAUCAGACUGGCUGAGGAAUCUUCAUUUCUUACAACGUUCAACACCCCGUAUGGACGUUACAGAUUUCUUAGACUACCCUUUGGGAUACGUUCAGCACAAGAUGAAUUUCAGCGAAGGAUUGACGAGUGCUAUGAGGGACUAGAUGGCGUUGCAGCCAUAGUUGAUGACGUUCUGGUGUAUGGAAGUACUCCCGAGGAGCAUGAUCACAACCUGCGGAACAUGCUUUCCCGCUCCCGUGACAAAGGUAUUAAGCUUAACGAAGAGAAGCUUGAAGUUGGUGUCACAGAGAUCCAAUACUUUGGACACAUCUUGAGUGCUGAAGGCCUCAGACCGGACCCAGCUAAGGUCUCUGCUAUAUGCUCAAUGAAUCCACCACGUGACCGCUCUGAAUUGGAAACAAUUCUUGGAACGGUUAAUUAUUUAGCCAAGUUUGCUCCUAAUCUGUCCCAGAUCACCAGCCCUCUGCGACAGCUCCUUCCCAAAGACGUUGAGUUUGUGUGGGAUCAUCCUCAGUCCACAGCGUUUCAGAGAAUCAAGGAUAUCAUCACACAGACACCUGGGCAAGUUCUUGCCUACUACGACCCAGACAAGGAUCUAACACUCCAAGUUGAUGCAUCCAAGUAUGGUCUUGGUGCCGCUCUCUUACAGGAUGGGAAGCCUGUCACUUAUGCAUCUAAGUCUUUGACCACCACGGAGGUCAAUUAUGCACAGAUCGAAAAGGAAAUGUUUGCUAUCCUGUUCGGCUGUAAGCGUUUCCACCAGUAUGUUUAUGGUCGGCAUGUGAAAGUCGAGUCCGAUCAUAAACCUCUCAUCUCUAUCAUGAAGAAGCCUCUUGCUGUCGCCCCUGCUCGGUUACAGCGUAUGAUGUUGCAGCUACAAAAGUAUGACCUCACAGUUGAACACAGACCUGGGAAGGAAAUAGUAGUAGCUGAUACACUUUCACGCAAGUCAGUGCCUGAUACCUACCCGCACCUUUCAGAAGGUAUGGACGCGCAUGUCCAUAUGAUAGUAUCAAAUGUUCCUGUCAGUGAGAAGAGGAUGGAGGAUAUUAGACGAGCCACAGAAGCUGACCCUCAGUUCUCCUUGCUCCAACAAACUAUCAUAGAUGGUUGGCCUGAACAUAGGAAGCUAUGCCCAGGGACAAUACUUGAAUUCUGGAACUUCAGGGACCAACUUGCCUUCAUGGAUGGCAUCAUAUUCAAGGGCCAGAAAAUUGUCAUACCCAAGUCCCUGAGGACAAGUAUGCUUGACAAAAUUCACACUGGACACAUGGGAGUUGAAAAGUGUCUCCGACGUGCUCGUGACAUUUUGUUUUGGCCCAAAAUGUCGAAUGAUAUCACAAGUCUUGUACUCAACUGUUCUGUGUGCCUAGAGAGAAGAAACUCUAACCCCAAGGAACCCCUCAUAUCACAUGACAUUCCCAGUCGUCCUUGGCAGACCGUGGCCACAGAUCUCUUCUUAUGGGACACCCAUGAUUUUGUGGUCGUUGUCGACUAUUAUAGCAGGUACUUUGAAGUUUGCAAAUUACCCAGCACCAAAAGCACCACUGUUAUCAAUGCUCUCAAAGAUGUAUUUGCGAGACAUGGGAUACCGGAUAAGGUGAUAUCUGACAAUGGCCCCCAGUACUCCUCACAAGACUUUGCUCAGUUUGCAGAAAAAUGGGACUUUGUGCAUGAGACAUCAAGCCCUCGUUACCCACAGUCAAAUGGUCUUGCCGAGAAAACUGUCCAAACAAUCAAGCGCAUUUUUUCCAAGGCGAAGACAGAUGGCAGAGAUCCACACAUUGGUAUUCUAGAGUGUCUUGGGCUGCAUCUCACCUUGCUUCCAGGCAAGGAGAACAAUUUUGGGGGCUCGUCCAGGAUGCGAGAUGACUAUGUCCUACACUCAAGGGGUAGAACGUUACUGAGGCCGCUGAUGGUGAAACGGGACUGCAAGAGAUCCAUCAACUUUGGAGAAGGGGAUGGAAGCCAUGUUUGA